AUGGUUAAAAAAUUUGGAGAUAAUUGUCUCCAACUACUAUGGGAAGAUCCUCAAACUAUUCUCAUGUGUUUUAAGUAUUAUAUUAAAAAAAUGGACAUAAGAACAUCCGAAGUUGUACGUACAUGGGAUACUUCAAACUAUGAAGAAUUAUUAAUGUGUUGUUCAUCAGAUAAUCAGUACACUUUUAUGACGGGAUAUUCUAAAGUUAUUCUAUGGGAUCAGAGACAGAGUGAUGCCAUUCAAACGUAUACUAUGGAACAUGACGAUAAAAGUAUAUCUGCUCUAGAAUUUGAUAACUCUCAUAUAUAUGUUGUUAAACAUGAAGACCUUUAUGAAUUGGACUUCACGGGAAAACAACACUUUGAUCACAAAAAAAUAAAAAAGUGGUGGGGAUCUAGGGAAUUCUAA